AUGCAGGGUUCUAACGGGGGCGUUUUGUGUGUUUCAGUGGUCGAAGGAUUAGCCCUGCUGGAUUUAGGGGUCUCACCGUAUUCUGGAGCUGUUUUUCAUGAGACCCCGCUGAUAAUCUAUCUCUUCCACUUCCUGAUCGAAUAUGCUGAACUGGUGUUUAUGAUAACUGAUGUGCUGACUGCUGUCGCCCUCUACUUGGCCAUUCACGACUUCAACAAAGUUGUGUUCAAAAAGCAAAAGCUCCUAAUAGAACUGGAUAAAUACGCGCCAGAUGUGGCUGAACUUAUCCGGACGCCCAUGGAGAUGCACUACAUCCCCCUCAAGGUAGCACUAUUCUAUCUGUUAAACCCCUACACUGUGAUGUCUUGUGUGGCAAAGUCCACCUGUGCCAUCAACAAUACUGUCACUGCGUUCUUCAUUUUAGCUACAAUAAAAGGUAGUGCCUUCCUCAGUGCUGUGUUCCUGGCCUUAGCAACAUACCAGUCGCUCUACCCUCUCACGCUGUUUGCUCCAGCACUCCUUUACCUUCUACAGCGUCAGUUCAUACCAGUAAAACUGAAAAGUAAAAGCUUUUGGCUCUACACCAUGCAGUAUGCAGCCCUGUACCUGUGCAGCCUGGUGGUGAUCAUCUGCCUCUCCUUCUUCCUCCUCAACUCCUGGGAUUUUAUCCCAUCUGUUUACGGGUUUAUCCUUUCUGUUCCAGAUCUGACACCCAAUAUUGGCCUUUUCUGGUACUUCUUUGCAGAGAUGUUUGAACACUUCAGUCUUUUCUUUGUAUGCGUGUUUCAGAUCAAUGUGUUCUUCUACACCAUUCCCUUGGCAAUAAAGCUAAAGGAACACCCUGUGUUCUUCAUGUUUGUCCAGAUCGCGAUCAUUUCUAUCUUCAAAUCCUACCCCACUGUGGGAGACAUUGCACUGUACAUGGCCUUCCUUCCAGUCUGGAGCCACCUUUACAGAUUCCUCCGGAACAUCUUCAUCCUGUCCUGUGUGCUCAUUGUGUGCUCCCUCCUGUUCCCCGUUCUGUGGCAUCUGUGGAUUUAUGCAGGAAGUGCCAACUCCAAUUUUUACUAUGCCAUCACGUUGACUUUCAACAUAGGGCAGAUCCUGCUCAUCUCGGAUUAUUUCUAUGCCUUCCUCCGGCGGGAGUACUACCUCACUCACGGACUCCAUUUGACAAGGCAAGAUGGGACAGAGGCCAUGCUUGUUUUGAAGUAAGGAUUGUGCCCACCGUUCCCUGGGACAUGGACCAGCCUGAGGACCAUGCAGAGCUUGGGGUACAUGGGGUGGGUGGGGAAGGUUCCCUGAAUGCGGUCUGACUUUGGGAAUGAUACCUACUGAAAGAAAGGGCUGAGGUUCUUCUGGGAAUACCGUCCUGAGCGGUGGGCUCAGUACAGAGACUGUGAGAGCUACACGUAGGAGCUGCAGUGCCUCUGUCAGAGCAUUUCCCUUCUCCCCUCAGCUGUGCGUUUCACUGCGACCUCAGCCCCCUGCUCUGGGCAGCCCAGCAGGAACUGGAGAAAGCGAGCUGAAACCAGGGCUGAAUCUCUGGACCGGAAAGAGCUUGGACCAUAAACUGUUUACUGUCACUGCUUCUCGGAGACGGUUGCUUCUCUCAGACAUUUCCCCUUUGCUGCUUUGACCAGCAAUGCUCCUGCUUGGCACAAGGGAAUCUCUGGGUGCCUGGUGCCUAAGCCCCAGCUGUGGAUGCCCUUUCUUGGUUCGCCUGCUGCUGCGGGAUCUGGAGGAAUCCUGUGUGUUCAGGCACAGUGGGUGCUUGCGAAAUGGGCGGGUGACCACGGACGAGUGUCAUGUUGGAGGGAGGGCAGCUGAAGCUACUGCCCCGGGUCUCAAUCCUGGCACUCAAACCCUAGUAAGGCCUGGAACUGGGGUGAAAGCGGGAGCAGGGUCGGUGCUGGGUAACGGCUGUAUCCCCUCAAAGCAACAGGGAUGCUUUUGUGGCGGGAGCUGCACAGAGGCAUCACAGGGUCUCAGAAGGAGGAACGCUGCUGCUGCAAUGCUGCUCCUUGCUGCAGGGUGACAAAGCCAUAGUGCUACAGUGCAGGGCUUGCGCUGUACCCUUGUGGUUGCAGCUUGGGCUUGGAGCAAGCAAGCUGCCUGCCUGGGCUAGGGACGAGGAGGUGUCAGAACCUCCCCUUUAAGGCCCAGACCAAAUCCAGAAGGAGCUGCAGCCACUGCUGUUGUGGAGUUGUUGGGUUCCAGGCGUUCCACAGCCGCUUAAUGCUUCACAUGUUACCCCUCUGCCAGCACAGCAGUGGUACCUUGUGGCUGUGCGGGGAGGACUCACUGCCCCUUGGUUCCCCCAGCUCCUCUCUGUGCUCAGCCCCACUCACGGCAGGG